UACGUGGAAGCGUUGUCUCGUCUCACCUGAACCGCCCGAGAUGGAGGGAACUGUAUGAUAUACGAGGAUAUCUAUUUAUUUAUUCGUUUUUUUUUUUUUUACCGAAGGCUUUUAGUUGACUUCUGCCAAGGUGGUUUAUUUAUUUUCAUACCAGUGAAUAUAAUAGGCUACAAAAAAGCUAUUCCUACAUCGCGUCGGAAUAGAACUACGGGCACCAUUGUGUAAACAGGUCAGUAAUCGUGAAUAGGAUCCUCAAGCUCUCCAUCCAGCCAUGUGGUAGUCUACACAUCUUCACCCAGUUAUCAAUUAGCACACCACACCCCAGACCCACCCGGCCACCGCUCACUCCUCACCAGACUCAGCCUUCAACACCAGUAUCCCACAGACAGCAGCUGGUCUCAUGGCCCACCCCUAUGAACCCUGGUUACGGACAGCACCCUCUGGUGGCAGCUCAGAAGAGAUGAACGUUCCCUCAUGGUGGGACCUCCACACCGGGCCAGGGAGCUGGAUGGACCUGCAGGCGGGCCAGGGUGUGGGCUUACAGGCAGUUGGUCAGAGCUCCAUGGGACUGCAGUCCUCCCUGGGGCCUUACGGCUCCGAGCCCCAGCUGUGUACUCCUGCUCAGCUAGCCCAGCUGGCCCCAGCCUCACACUCAGCUCACUCUCACCUCUUCCCCCAGGAUGGCUUCAAGAUGGAGCCACUGGGAGGACCAGAGCUCCUGCAGCCGGAGUCGUACUCCCUGGAGGAGCCACAGGAGGGUGCCGCCUCGGUCCGGCCCAAGCCCCAGCGCCGCUCUGCCUCUAGGGGCUCGGGCCAGUCUGUGUGCCGGUGCCCCAACUGUGUCCACGCCGAGCAGAUGGGCCAGAGCACUGACGACGACCGGAGGAAACACAUGCACAACUGCCACAUCCCGGGCUGCGGCAAGGCCUACGCCAAGACCUCCCACCUGAAGGCCCACCUGCGCUGGCACAGCGGGGACCGGCCCUUCGUCUGCAACUGGCUCUUCUGCGGCAAGCGCUUCACGCGCUCCGACGAACUUCAGCGACACCUGCAGACGCACACCGGCACCAAGAAGUUCAGCUGCACCAUGUGCCCCCGCGUGUUCAUGCGCAACGACCACCUGGCCAAGCACAUGCGCACACACGAGUCUCCCUCCGGGCCAGGGGAGGAGAGGAUGUAUGGAGAGGGGGGCAGGAUGGGGAAGAGCUUUGACACACCUUCUCCUCAGCCCUCCCACGCCACUGCCUCUGACACAGAGGCACCCCUUAAGCAGCCGAAAUGUGAGAAAGACCCCUCUGGGACAGGACAGUCCAGCUAACUGUAUCCCGUCCACAUUUGGAAUGCUAUACAGAUAAUGUACAGUCGGUGGGCUACUAUCAGCCCCUUUCUAUCAGACAGAGAAUCAAUCCAUAGUUUAUAACACAUGUAGUCCAGUGGAGGUGGAAUCAUAGGGAGUCUUAUAUUAUAAAUUGAUAGUUUAUUUCUACCAGAUGCAUUGAACAACAUAAGGCAACAAAGGCUCCUCUGAUUUUCGGAAUGCAUCAUAUCACAUAUAACAGCACCAUACAGCAUAGACGGGCAUAAAACCAAAGAGUCCCAAAGCAAUUACCCGUAUGUUACAUCACCAACAGAGGACAAGCUGUCAAGUGCUUUGCUGGAAGGAUAUCCAUCUAAGGAAUGUCCUCUUCCAUUUACAUGGCAACCAAGUGGCAACCGAGCCAGAUCCAAAGCUUGCUAGCUGCUAGGACUUCCAUUGCUGCUACCGCUAUUAUGCCAUCCAUCCACAGAGACUUGGGGAACGAGUUAAACUGAAGAUGGUGCUUGAUGCGUUUACAGUAAAACUACUAGCUACUACUAUUUCCAUUGGAAGCCAUCAAACUCUCCAGUCUCCACUGCACACAUAUAACAGAAUUUAAGGCACUGGAAGUGGAGGGUUAGGAUAUGUCGGUAUGUUGUGUUGGCUGCCUUUCCCCACCCUUUAACCCACCCCCUUGCCUUGCUGUGUAUAAUAUACUGUAUGUGAGUGUAUGAACAUGUCCCCGGGAACAUUUCCACACUGUAUUUUUUGGUUUUGACCACGCGCAAUGUUGGCGUCAACCUUUUGCCAAAGAGCACCACAGUAAAGCACCACUGUAAUUCAGUUUGGUGCGGUAUGUGGGCGGUGCAAUUAAAAAAUGGCUGCUUUUGCUCAAUAGACGUGCAGAGAUGUCCCACCGCAGCACAUUGUGGCAUGGAAUUCACACUCCGUGUUUCAUGUCAACAACAUAUAUGUUCUGUUUAAUGUACAGUAAGAAGACGUGAUUUGUGUUAUCAAUGCAUUUCACUUGGAUGCCCCGCCCCCCGCAUGUGUCAUCGUGUUCAAAUGUCGCUCAACUGUGACUGAAAAGCACCGUUGUUUGUCUUUUGACACUCCUUUAUCUCAGCGCUGCAGGUGUGAAUGUGACAUGAUGGCAGCGUAUCUCAUUCACGGGAAAUGUGUAAUUCUCUGGUCUUGUCCCCGAUAGUGUACGAUCCACACAAUACCACGUUCACACUUCACGGAACCCACUGUGGUAACACAGGCUGGAUACAUCACUACUCACGAAAGGUACGCCAGACUGAAAUGUGAGCUGGACUGAAAUCCCUCAUUGAGAGGAACUUAGGUAAACCAUAUUUUGUCACACCAACAACAUCCAGGAUAAGCAACAAUUCCUCCUCCAAGGUUGUUCAAGCAUAAAGCGAAAAAACAGAUGGAGUGGAAUUGUUUGGAGACCAUUUUGAUAUUAAUAGUCAUAAAUAAUCAUUUAUAUCUUGAUAGAACAUGCACUUUGAUCAAGUUUUCGGAAUCCAGUCUAGACCUUUCUAAAUAGGCUUAGGCCUGUGUGCCGUGGUUUAGGCUUCUUAGCUUAUUGUGCUCACUGUAAAACAAAUUGGCCUUGUUAGGAAAGCAUUGUUGUAUUUUGAGUAGUGACUUAGUCAAAAUGUGCUUAAAAGGGUCUAAGCUGAGAUUUAGCUAUGUAGAGAUCUCUCACUGAGGUGUUUAUUGUAGCCCCCUUUAGACAUAUCCCUAAAUAAAAUAAAACAUAAUGGUUUUUGAUGGUUUACUUGCAUUUUGUUAAUCAAAUGUGAUGAAAGGACAUCACCUUGAGACUCGAUCUAUUGCAAAUCACUUGGGGCCCGAUUCAGACUUAGGAAAUGUACGCCUUUCCUAAACACACCUUUCAUACGCUCUUCACAGUAGUUGGUAUUCAGUCUUAACUUAUGCAGGUGCUGUUCCCUUGCGCGUGCUGAAUACAUUUAAUUAAACUGCUGAAAACCCUGCCACUUGCUGGCCAAUAGAUUUUGUUAUGGAGUUUUCUUUCAAUAGGGUUUCCAGUACAUUUAUCUAAAGCACCACUUUAAAUGUGGUGUACCUUUAAAUUCUAAUUUUCUCGACAGACUCAUUAGAAUAAAUGGAUAGAACAGUUCAGAAUAUUAGGGAUCAACGAAAGAAAGCCAUGUAUUCAUCUCCUUUUCAGGACCAAUUGGUGGAGAUUGUAUGUUAUUUAGGGUUAGGAAAGUAUUUAUGAAUAAUCAGUGGUGGAAAUAAUAUCCAGUUGUCAUACUUGAGUAAAAGUAAAGAUACCUUAAUAGAAAAUGACUCAGGUAAAAGUCACCCAGUAAAAUACUACUUGAGUAAAAUUCUAAAAGUAUUGGGUUUGAAAUAUACUUAAGAAUUAAAAGUCAAUUUAAUUAGUAAAAUAUACUUAAGUAUCUAAAGUUAAAGUGUAAAUAAUUUCAAAUUCCUUAUAUUAAGCAACCCAGAUGGUACAAUUUUCAUGUUUUUUUAUUUAAAGACAUCUAGGGACACACUCCAACACUCAGACAUCACACAUAUGAAGACUUUGAGUCCGCCAGGUCAGAGGCAGUAGAGAUGAGCAGGGAUGUUCUCUUGAUAGGUGCGUGAAUUGGACCAUUUUCCUUUUCUUUCAUUCAAAAUGUAAUGAGUACUUUUG